AAAAACUGUGACUGUAAAAAAAGCUUAAAAAAAUCGUUAAAAGUACUGCAUUGAUGUUUGAAGGAACAAGAAAAAAGUAGGAAGUAAAAGAAGAAGCAAGACACACACACACACACAAAAGGAGUAAAAAACUGAAAGUGAGCAGCACAAGAAAAACUUGAGGUAAAACAUUACGUGGAAGUUGAGGAAGAAAAUAAAUUUUAAGAAAGCAAAGGAAAAUUAAAAAUUCGAAUGGGGGCAUCUAGUGCAGUAAGGGCAAAGUCACCGACAGAACAGAAUGAUGUUGAGCAGCAGCAGCAACAAGAUGAGCAGCAACCGCCACGAUUGAAUGUGCAGGAUAUCGAGAAUAAUAAUAAUCAUAUUUUUGUAAAUCCACAAGAGCGUUUUAUAACAUUUGUUGAUGAAUGUGACUUGCUUAAUAAUAAUACGACACUAAUUAAUAAUAAUUACCUAACGGUUGCUUACACGCCCACAUCAACCACAACUACUGCAACAGCUUUAAGAAUCAACAACAGCAUUAGUGAUAAUAAUAAGAAGAAUAAGCUGCAGUUGCAACAGCAAAAUCAAACAGCCUUAACGAAUAAUAGGAUAUUAAGUAAUAGUGACGGGGACGUCAUCGGCAAUAGUGAGAAAAAGAAAAUGCAAGUGAAAGAGAGUCCAAAAAAGAGUCCAAAGAAGCAAAACCUAAAUGAGAAAAUCGUAAAAGAGACUGACAAGAAGAAGAAGAAAAAGGAAAAGCCGAAAGCUCCUCGAGCACCGAGUGGUGCCGGUAAUGCUGGUGGACGUGGACGAGGAAUGGCUGAACAAGAUCAACUUAUGAGACGACCAAGAAAGAAGCUUAAAGACAAGCCAGAGAAACAUGCUUACUCUGGCAGCAGUAGCAAGUUAUAUUCAAAACAACACCAGAACAUAGAGUCAUCAAGUUACAGGCCUCUCUCAUCUUAA